AUGUAAUUCUACCCAAUAAUCAACAUUUAGAGUGCUGCACCACUGUUCGAAAAAUUGAAUUAAAAAAAUCAGAAUAUUGCAGGUGGCCCAAGUACUCUUAGUGCCUCAACUGACAAUAAUACAAAUAACAAUACUAAUGGAGGAGCUGUUGCGUUAUACAAUGAGCAAUUAUAAAAAAUUUACAGCGUUGUAAUAAACUAUAACUUGGCUGCCUGUUAUUAAAGGCGAGGAAUAUUUAAAGAGAGUCAUGAGUACAUAUCGAGGUCUAUAGAAUCACUAAGACAACUUACUAUAUUUUAAUACUCAACAACCUCAACUUAAGGUGAAACUACUUCGCAUAGAUAUAAGUAGCUUCUCUAUCUUAGAUAUUAUGCACAAAUUAUCUUGCAGAGUUGUGCCAUUAAGUCAUAAUUGUAGGACCAUGAUGGAGCCUUAAAUAGUGCAUAUGAUGGACUAACCUCCUGCAUUAAAGUAUUUAAAAGGAGUCUUGACUUGUGUGAAUCAGAGAUUCUAGAGAAAAUGAAUAAUAAAUAGUCAUCUUCUAAUAAAAGUGGAAUGGGUGAUGUUCCAAUAGUAAAUACUUAAAACAAGAUGGAAAUUGAGAGUAUAAAUUCAGAAUACGGAGUAGUUGCUGAGCGAAGAAGGACUUAAAUUUCAGGUUAAAUGCUUAAACCAGAAAUUGUCCUCCAUAAAGCAAGAAGUGGGAAAUCAAUGUCAUCAAAGAAAUCCCCUAGUUCUAUUGAUUAGCACAAAUACCAAAAUAACAUCUUGAAUGCAAAUAAUCAUAACUAAGUAUUUUAAAGCAACGCAUCUAAAUCAUCAGCUGGAUCAUCUAAGAAUUCAACACCUGAAAGAAAUUCCAGAUCAGAUAAUAAAAGUGUCACUAGCUCUUAAGGAAGGAUUAAAUCCAAAGAGCUAAGAAAACACUCCUUGACUUCUAGUGUAAAAUUUCAUUUGAGUGAAAGUGAAGACGAUCAAACUUCUCUUGAGAGAAUACAUACCUUCAAUCUAAAGAUAGAUCAUAAUAAAUCUCAAUUAUCUGAAUCUAAAGAAGCGAAGAAAAAGUCUGAUAAAAAAAAGAAAACUGGGCAAAUCAAAAGUCUGAGAACGCUUCUAAAUCUUAAAGUCCUUAAGAAGGAAACAUCCUAAUCUACAGAUAACAAAGGGUCGGAAACUACUUCAACUUCUUAGCUUUAAACACAGCUAUAGUCUUUGUCAACAAGAGAUAAUAUUAAAGGUCAGCACAAUAAAGAGGAAUAAAAAAUUACUCUUAAAAACUAGAAAAUGAGACAGUGUUAUGUGGAGGAAUAAGCAAAGCUAAGAGAUUCAUUCAUGAUAGAUUCUUAUAAAAUCUUAAAGUCCUUAAUAAAAAACAUUGAGAAUUUGAUGGUUUAUAUCACAGGCUAGAGGAUUUAAUAAUCUGUUUUCUUAAAAGAGAGGGACAUAAUAGAGGAGGGAUUAGAGUGUAAUAAGGAUGGCCUUGCAUAUGAAAUUACUAAGCAGAGAAUGGCAAAAUUAUUUAGAGAAUUCGAGAGUAUGAGUUAGAUUGAAUAGCUUCGUAAGGUAGAAAGAUAUAAAUAUGUGGGGCGAAAUAUGCUAGGAGUUAGAAAAUUUGAUGAUUGGAUUAAUAAUCUUGAAAUUGGAAAUAUUAUGCAUCUAAAUCCAAUUACAACAUAAGAAUUAAUGUAGAAUAUUGGGAAACAUCAUGAGUUUUAAAAGGAUCCAAUGCUUAAAAAGCUCGUAUUGUUGUCAGUUUCCUUAUUCUCUAUUGCUACAGAAAUGAGAAUGAUGGUACAAUUCGAUGAUAAAGAUAAGGACACGAAAUUUUAACUAUAAGAAGCUUCAGAAAUUUGGCAUGCAUAGUCUGUCUUCUUUGGAGCAUAUUAUUUACCUCCCAACUGCCCUCUUGUUACUCAUAUCUCUAAUAGCUACAAUAAGCACUAUAUAGUAAAUAAAAAGCCGAAUCAAGCAGCUUAACAAUAGCAAAAAUAGAAUCCUCCUUUGAUAUUUGGUCAGAAAAAGGACUCAUAUCAGAAAAAUAAAACGCUACAAAAUUUUUUAAUGAACUAGACUACAAUAUAGUAAGUGCCACCAAAAAUAAACUUAAAUAGUACUAUAUCUAAUAGAGAUCUUAGCUAUAAUACUGGUGGAGGAGGUAGUUCUUCCUAUGAGAAUAAUACAUCUGAUAAUCAAGACCAUUAGGUAUUGAAUGAUUAAUAGAAAUAAAGACCUAUAGUAUCAUUAGCAUCAAUUAGUCCGAUGCAGGUGAUAGGUCUAAGAAAUAAAAAAGACAAGUUCAAAAUCUAGCUUAAAAGAUCUAUGAAUAACUCUCAUAAAUUUUAAUCAGAGUCCUCUGUCAGUCCUAUUAGAUAAGAAAAUGAAGAAGCAUUAGCGAUUGAAAAUAUGAAAAGGCAAAGAUAUGAAAAACUUUCAAAGUAUUUAUAAAACAAAGAAAAAGAGUAAAUGAGACAACAAAAAGCUAAUUAUUAGCCUAAUAUCGACAUCAUUGAUACAGAGCAAGAUCACAUUAUUAACAUAGGAAAGAUGAUUUCAGAUCCUUAACUUAAAUAAAAUACUUAGAGCAAUAUUGUUAGCUAAAGCAAUUCAAAUAAUAAUAGUAGUAUGAAUGCUUAGAAUAUAAAUAACAUUGCCAUCAACUAAAUAAAUUCAAUCAAUAUCUUUCCUCAAUCCUCUAAGCAAAAUAAACAACCAAUAGAGCUUAAUAUUCAAGGUAAUCAAAACUUGACUAAUUAGCAAUAAAAGUUAGCUCUCAUUAAUAACUUGCUUCAUGAUGAGAUGAAAAAACUGAUAAUUCCUGCACCUAAAUAAUCUAAUAAACAUAAUGCACCUAUGAACAAGACAUAAAUUUAAAGUAGUGUACACAAGUAAAAUAACUUGAAUCAAUUGAUGAGCUUUGGAAGCUAGACUCGAGAUGGCAGCAAUGGUACCAAGAAGAAAAUAGCAAAUCCUUAGUAAUUUAACAGACCAAGUACUUCAAAGGGGGAGUCAAAUAAGUCAAAGAUUAUCAAAAAAUAGCAGCUCUUGAUGAAGACUUAGCUCACACCUAAUCGAGCUAUAUCAAGGAUGAACUAACCCUCAAUCAAUGAAAACCUUGGCUUAAUAUUAUCAGCAUCUGGUUAGAGUAAAAAUCUAUAUCUGCCAAAUUAACUUAGAUCUUAAAGAAUUGCUGAUUCCUCCUAAGAAAAGAAUUUCCAGCCUAACAUUUUUACACAAACCCUAGAUCAAGGAACUAAUCAAGCCAAGGUUAAUAAUUUCUUGAAUGAGAAUGAAAAUUAAGUUCAUAAAAUUCCAUUAACUGCUGCAAACAGCCAAGGAAAAUACGACUCUAAUUUCAAAGAGGCUUAAGCCUAACAUUAGAGUGCUAUUCAAUAAAAACUCUCUGCAACUGCUCAGUUUAGGAAUAAUAAUCUGCAAUAGUACUUCGAGGACUGGACUAGAGAGGAAGCGACUAAUAGCCCAGCCUUAAGACUAAGAAAGCCAGAUUAACAACAUAAUAGGAAAUUUUGA